AAUUUUGCUGAGAUAUUUGUGAAAAACUUUCAGAAUCAGUUUAAUGGGGAUGCGAAGUUCAUGCAAGAAAUAGAGCAAGAAACAGCAAAAAUCUCAAGUUCAUCAUUUUUUGAUACAGUUUGGGCGAACAAAGCUUAUUUAAUGUUGAAGAGAAACGUUUUGCCCGAAAAUGAAGAACGCUUCAAAGCUUUAGUACUGUUAUUAAAUGGACGAAUCAAACAAACUUUAAGGCUUAAUCUUGAUGACAAUACUCUGAAUCCCAUCAGAAUAUUUAAUCAUAUUCUUGAGCUGGAUGCUACGAUCAGUACAGGAAUGAGUUUGCCUUCGACUCCAUUGUUAAACUAUUUUCAAACGUAUGCUAAGGGUAUAUUGUUUCGCAGCAUGGGAGAUACAUUUCUUCUUCUUAACAAUGAAGAACAUGGAAAUAGGAGAUAUGAGGAACUGGCGUAUGCCUGUUAUUCGUUAGCGUUUGAUAUUUUUUACAAAACAUCACCAAAACCAUCUUUACUGGCUGCCAUAUUUGAACUCGAGAUUCUUACGUUGCAUACACUUCUUCAGCACUUCAGUAUCGGGGAACUUUUGUAUAGUUCUUGCCGUGGUCCAUCAAAUUCACGUUUCAAAUCUUUUAUGAUUUCAAUAAAAUCGGUACCAAGCAGUCACAAAAUGUAUGUAAUCGGACACAAACAACUUUGCAAAUUGAACAUUUUAAUAAAUGAACAUGAUUUCUUGAUCAACCUUUUGUGGCUAAUAGCAUAUAAUGAAGAUAUUCGUGGAAGUGCUUUGUUCUUUAAUGAACUUUUUAAUAACAUAUCUAUUGGAGAAUUUGAGGACGAUUUACAGUCAUUCACAGCAUCGUCAUUUAGCAGAAUUGAUGCUCAAAUACUGCUCAUAAGUGCAGCGAAAUGGUCAAAAUUAAAUUUGUUUAGCAGACGAAACCUUGCUACUCCUAAGUUGAAAAUCUUACCUCCAGCAUUAUUUCCUGAACCUAGUUAUAUGUUCAUUAAUUUUUGGAAUUCCCUCGUAUCACUUAUACGAAGUAAAACAUGUUCUCCGAAACAGUGUUCUGAAAACGGGUUAAUAUUGUCGGCAUUGGAAGCGUCUAGAUUACGUGGAGACAUUCCUGAUUUGAGAAUCUUAAAUUUUACUCGAAAGUGGCUCAUUAUGAACGGGAAUGCAUUAGGUGAUGUGAAAGGAAGUUGGGCGAAGCUCUAUUCUCAAGUAUUUAUGGAUCUCGUUAAUGGGGCACAUUAUGCAAACCAAAGUAUCCCAGCAGAAUCAUUUUUUCCGCCACUAAAUGAUUUUGAUUAUGAUAUGCUUGACGACACCAAAACAUGGCUUGCUCCUGAGGAUUCAUGCAAUCAGUUAGAAACUAAUCUUGUUAACCACGUUCCAUCAAAUAUCGAAAAAGAAUCCUCAAGCGAUGCUCUAUGUAAUCGAAAAACUUUUCUCCAGCGCAUAAGUAUAUCAUCGAGGCUAGUAUGCAGAGAUUGUCGUCACUCAGUAAUUAGCUCUCGUGCAUCCAGAAGUAAAAAUAUUAAAGCGUUGAAAAUGCUCAAUGAGAAUCAUAGUAUAAGAUGCAAAAAUGAUAACAAAAUAGAAGUUGGAACAAUCAGUUUGUUGACUGCUGUUGAAAACAGUGGUACGAAUAUAAAUUCGUGUUCAGCAAUUAUUCAGCUGCAGGAGAAACAUGCAAAAGAUGUAAGCAGACUUGUGCAAACAAUGAAUUCAUUGCAAGAAAAAUUGAUUCAUCAUACGGAAGAAUUAUCUGUGUACACCUCGGAAGCAUAUAAGAAAGGUUAUGCAGAUGGUUAUUAUUCAGCUUUAUCUAUGAGAGGUAUCUUCGGCAAUCCUUUAAAAUGCAGCGAUCAGCACGGAGUUCAUCCUUUCAAGUAUGCAGCAACCUUCGAAACUGAUAUUGGGGAUCAAAUAAAAGAUUUGUCACCUGGUCGAAAUCCACACAAUGCUAAGGAAUGUAUUGGUUGUGCUUCUGAAGAAGGUUUAAAUCAUUUCCAUCUUGAAUCUUUCAUUUAG